ACAAAACGAAUUCUUAUGAGAGCAAGUUAUGAAAUAGUCGUCGAAAUCACGAUAAUUUCUUGUUUCGAAAUCAUGAAAUCAUUGGUUUGGACGUAUCAUUCAAUAAUUGGAUUAGGAUUAAUGAUUUUAAUGAUAUUCAGUGUUACAUAUUCACGUUAUCCAGCUGAAUUACCAAUAUCUUAUCAUCCCGAACUACCAAUAUAUCAUCCCGGACAAAAAUUAAUUACUAAAUUACCAAUAUCUUAUCAUCCCGAACAAAAAUUAAUUAAUGGAUUACAAAUAUCACAAAAAUUAUUUACUGCUGAUAUAUGGACAAUUCAUCUUGCUUUAGAUAAUGAUAUGUGGACAAGAAUGAGAGAUUUAAUUAAAGAUUUAGAAAUUGAUGUAAUUGAUAUUGGUCGUAUUAUAAUGGGAAAUCGAGAUUUUACUCAAUUUUUAGCAGGAGAUCUAAAGAUGUAUUCUGAUUAUGGACCAAGAACUUCAAAACAUGCAAUGCUUUCCAAAUUUCCCAUCAUUAAUUCAGCUCAUCAUCUGCUUCCAUCUCCCGUUGGUGAACUUUCAUGUGCAAAUCAUGCCGCUCUGGAUGCUUAUGGAAAAGAAGUGGAUGCCAUAGUUAGUCACAAUGGUCAAGGAGAAGAUGUGGAAGAUCGUAGAUUACAUACAACCGGAUUGGCCAAAAUCAUGAAAUCAAAUAAUAAUCCUAUAAUCUUCUUAGGGUUUGGUUAUGCUCGAGUUAUUCAUGGUGAAAUAACUGACACUGAAUUACAAGUUGGAAAAUUCUAA